AUGCAGGGCCGUCUAGUGCCGUUGAAAACGACCCUCGAGACGAGGAGGAGGGAUAUGGUUGUCGAGGUCUAUGUCACGGCUGUUCCUGUCAAGGCUGCUAGUGGGAGUUUGAGUUUGAUCCGGAAACUGGUUCCUGAGGAUGGGGGACUCGAUUUCCAGCAUUUGCGCCGCUUUGCGAAGGUUAGUGAGGUUCCGGAGCAUGUGAGGGGCUCAUUCGCUGCUGCUGCUGCAAACAAUGGCUCAGGAGGGGAGGACGGGAGAUUGUUGCUGAUUGUUGGGCCUGUGAGUGCUGUCUCGUUGGCUGAUCUCAGGGAUGGGCUUUCUUCGACGGUUAAAGACCUGGAGAUAUUUACGGCCAAGGUCCCGCUGCUGGCUCCGACGUCGAUGGAUCAGGCUAAGGUGUGGACGAAGCUGUAUUGGCCGACGGUGUACAAGAAGAGUAAUCCGUUUGGGCCGCAUCCGAGUAUUGUUUCGAGGGCCGAGGAGGAGAUUCGGGGGGAGGUGCAAGGAUGGAUGGAUCUUGCUUAUAGAGUUGCGAGGGAAGCGAGUGAGGCUGGUUUUGGAGAGGAGGUCGGAGUCGUGGUUGUUGAGAGGAAAGGUGGGAAGGGGAGAGUUGUUGCUGUUGCGGGUGAUGGGAGGUGGUCUGGCUGUGUUUUGGGGGAGAAGGGGGUGGGAGGUGGGAAUGUGACGGCUCAUGCUGUGAUGAGGGUUAUUGGGAUGAUUGCUGGGUCUUUGAAGAGGAGGGAUGAGUUGAGUCGAGGCUCUUCCGGUGUGAUUGAGGAUUCGACGAGUUCGAAGUUAGAGCUGCUUGAUGAGGGAGGAUCUGCAGUUGAAGUCUCGAGAGAGUCGGGGAUUGCUCCUGUCGGUGAUAGUUCGACCCUUUCUGAAUACGGACUACACCACUUCGCUCAAUCAAAAUACGCAAUUGAAGCCCACAAUGGGUCCGAGGAUCUUAUACCUACCGGCCACAAAAAGCUUCCCAAUACUGCUAUUCCUCCAGAGCCAACUCUGUCGACUGGCAUAUCAAAACACCACGAGGUAGAUUUGACCGUACCCAUUGCGUCAGAUUCGUCAGCGGAGUCCGCCCCAAAUUCAAUGCCAAGCUACGACAAACAACAGAACGCUUCAGUAACCGAUAAAGAACGAGAUGGCACACCUAGGCUGACCUCUGGAGUUUCGGAUGUGCAGUGCCAAGAGACUAUCGACAUUUUUCAGGACCACCCAAUUCUUUCAAUCGAGAAAAAACACUUCGACCCGGACGGCAACCAGAAUGGAUAUCUAUGCCACGACCUCGAGAUCUACUGUACCCACGAACCAUGCGUCAUGUGCUCCAUGGCCAUCGUACAUUCUCGCUUCGGUCGAGUCGUCUUCGAGAACCGGAUGAAGAAAACGGGUGGGAUGUGUGCGGACGGCGAGCUCGGUCACGGACUUGCUUGGAGAAAAGAGCUGAAUUGGACACUACUUGCAUGGCAAUGGCAACGUGCUCAGCAGGAUGAUUAUGGAGAACUCCACGCUUGA